AUGUCCACUGAAUGGUCUUUGGACUUCUGCCUUGUCUGUGACCGUCAGACCUUGGGCGCUCCUUACUGCUCUCAAACGUGCCGCCUAGCCGAACUGGAUGAGACAUCCGAUGGAAUGUCACGAAGAUCGAGCGCAUCGUCUACACAUUGGUCUGAGAUCAACCAGGCCCAAGCUCAAGUCGAGGCCGUCAAUGCCCACCCCCUUCGAAAGCUAUCUGCCUCCUCCUCUCAAACCUCACUCUCUUCGCUCAAGAGCAACACCCCCAAUUCUCCCAAUUCCCCCAAUGUGGCCGAUCGGCUCCAGGAUGAAUUGCGUGAUUAUGCAUCUUGCUUCGACCAAGUCCGCGACCUGAAACGGCGCAUGACCACCACAUAA